AUGCCGCCCAAGGCCGAGGCAGCCAUCACAGCCCGCGAGCUGCUCGCGUCCAACGAUGAUGCGUUCGUGGACUUCAUGAGUGAGAAUGCCGCCAAGAACCUAAACCCUCUCGACGCAGACAUGCUACGCCAGCUGCUCGACUCUCUUCAGAUAUCCCAGCAACAAGACACUCAAGCCGAGGAUCAGGCCGCAUCUUCACGUCCUCGCCAAAGCCGAGAUGGAACACGGACGGCGAGUCCACCACCGCCGCCACCCACAGAAGAAGAUGCUGCGCACCAGGAAGCUCUCGCUUGCGACAAGCUCGAUCGGGCGGGCGGGCGGCCAGCCUUGCCGAAGACAGAGCUUCGCCCGAUCGGAGAGAUGACGGAGGAGAGUUUGCAAAGGGCCGCAUGCUUUGUGGACCUGCCCAAGGACGCUCCAGAGAGCUACAUCCCGCCCCUGUUCACUUCGCAGCUGGACCACUGGACCUCGUUCAAGCAGCGGUGGCAGUGGUGCAAUCGCGGCAAGGCCGCAGGGAAGAAGGGCUUCGCCGAGUUCCUCGAGUCGAUGAAGCAGAAGUAUCUUGCCGUGGGAGAGUACAAGUGGGUUGAGCAAACGGCCUCCUUCGAGGGAAUGGCCAGACGGAAGUGGGACCUUGAGCAAGUAGGGCUCGAGGCCUCGAAUGGAAGGGGAUUCAAGACCUACGCGCGCGCCGUCGAGACACACCUCGCGUCCCAUGGUUUCAACAGCAACAGCAACAGCAACAGCAACAGCAACAGCAACAGCAGCCAACGCUUCCAGUUGCUGCAAGACCCCCGGCAGCAGGACGAGUGGACGACGCUGGCGAUGGAGGAGCUGUUGCAGCUUGAGAAGGAGCAGCAACCAGCCCCGUUGAUGAAGAGCGGCGACACAACGACACCUCAGCAGCAACUCAAGGCAGCUAAGGAAGAACUGACCAAGCGGAGAAGAAUGAAGUUUAUCAGCAAGGACUCGGCACCGUACCUCAGGCGUCAAGCCCUUGUUCGUCGCCAUCAGCUGAGGUCAAGGUGGAUCUUGGAGGAGCUGUCGCUUGCGGGGAAGAAGAAGAAGUGUCCUACGAUCGAGCGCCACAACAUACGGAAGAACUCAGAGAUGGAGAACGCUCGGGAAACGGGGCCCACAGAGAGCGGUGUCAACACACGACAACUGCGGAGGAAGCGCAAGGGUAGACACGACGACGAGGAGGAGGAGGAGAACGCGGACAACAAGACAGAUGGAAUCGACGCUCCAUCGCCCUUGAAGCGUUCACGCAUACUGGGACAGGCAACUAUCGCCAAUGAGCAGGCCGCUGACACGGAGGUGGCUAGGGUUCCUCGGACCCGAGAGAGGGGACUACGCAUACGCAAGUGA